AUGUGCUUCGAUAUAAUUCAUGCGGUUGGAGACUGUUUGAAGGCCGUUGUGUCUUGUGUUUGUUUUCUUCUAAUUGGUGGACCCGUACUUAUUAUUGUUGGGAGUUUGUUUCUCAGUCAAAGUGAUGGUCGUAAAGAAUUUAAAGCGGCUGUGAAUAAUUUUAAUCCCACACCCAUCCAAGCGUGGACUGGCACCAUAAACGAAGAACCUGCUGCCGUUAGGCGUGUAUCUCUUAAUGUGGAUUUCGUCGAUGGUGCCACUUCUGUCUUUACUGAGGCUACCGUUCCACUGGGAAGUGCACCUGCCUCAAUGCUGAGUUUUACCGUGAACAUCAACACUGUCCAAAACUUCACACGAACUGCCUCUCGAAAAAUUAUUUAUACAAGCUUUGUUGAGUGUUCUAUGAGUUCCUGUUCAUCCUCGAGCGGAUCGUGUAGCUGUAACACCAUGGUGGAAAAUUUUCAAGCUAAUUGUAAUGCUUCCGGUGGAAAUUUUACACCCACUAGUCCCUCAUGUGGUGUAAACAGCCGUUGUGGUACAUGCGCGCAGUACCAGUAUCUGUCGGGAUUGUAUCUUGUAGCUACUGAGAUCAGUCCAGGGGUGUACGAGGAGGACUUCACUCUACGCAGUGCCAUUUACGAUUUUAGUGGGAUGGCGAAUAUUUACCAGGUGUCGGAACCAUCCAGCGUUGUGGUACGCCUGUACAGCGACAAGGACCCUUUCAUAGCGCUACAGCGGCUGACGAAAGGUACAGGGGACUUUGGUGUGAAUCGCCGUACUGCUGGAAUUACCAUGGUUGUCCUUGGAUGUCUCCUCCUGUUGCUGGAAAUCGGUGUCUGUGUGGCAUUGAUCUGCUACUGUGUGCGACGAAAAAGCAAACCUACAAACAACAGAUUAGGCUUACCAACAACGUCCAAUCAAGGAAUUACUGACUCACCGGGAUACACGGGACCCACUGGAUAUGGACAACCACCCGUACCACCAUCACAAGGGUAUGGCUAUGGACAACCACCACAGCAACCACAGGGCUAUGGUUAUGGACAACCACCAGUACCACCACAACAAGGUUAUGGUUAUGGACAACCACCAGUACCACCACAACAAGGUUAUGGCUAUGGACAACCACCCGUACCACCACCACAGGGUUAUGGCUAUGGACAACCACCACAGCAACCACAAGGUUAUGGUUAUGGACAGGCACCUGUUCAAGGGUAUGUUCCUGGGAGAACUCAGUCUCCUGCGGCACCCUAUGGUUUUUCUGAGAAGAAAUAG